AAAUACACCAUUAACAUUUGAGAUCAACUUCAAUAAAGAUGGCUAAGUUUUUAAACUCUCUCAUUUGCUUCUUCCUCAUUCUUUCAGUUUUGGCAAUUACUGAGGUAAAAGCCCAACAGAGAUGUACUGUAACAUUGGAUCCAAAGGGAUGUGUACUUGCUGAUUGUCAAAAACAAUGUGCAGAGCAAUACAAAGGAAAUGGACUUUGCACUGGUGGUGUUACCGGCCCAUACAAUUGUGUCUGUGUUUACAAUUGUAACUCCAAUUAAUGUACCUUUGAUCAAACACAAAUAUUGGUCUAUUAUGAAUGAUGAGCAUCAAUAAAUACUAGUAUUAUUUUUUCGGAAAAAUAUUUAUCAGUUUCUACAUUAUUUAACUUUUA